GUGCCACAUGACCUGUCAAGUAGGAAGUAGCGAGCUAGCGAGCAGCAGCAGCAGCAGCGACCAGAAGAAACGCAAGAAGACGGGGAGGAAACUGUGAAAUCUCCGAAGUCUCAUUCUCGACGCUUCUCUGCUGGUAUAAUUUUCCUGUCGGAUCAUAAGGAGCAAUAAGUGGGCCGCAGCCAUGUACCUGAAGCUGGUGUUUUUCACUGUAGCUGUGGCUCUGAUUGGUGCACCAGUCGCAACAGCCUCAGAUGGAUGUUCCUCUCUCUCCUGCGAUUCAUGUGUCACUAAUGGAGAUUGCAAGUGGGUCAACUGCACAACAACACCAACUGCGAGCUGUCGCAACGAGACCCUUAUAGGGGACAACGAAACCUGCACCGAUGCUAGCUGCAACUCUGAUGUCUCCACACAAGCCCCUGCUCCUACAACUGCCCAUGUGACUCCCCCCCCUCCCACUACAGCCCCCCCUAAACCUGUUGUCACCACAGCCUCCACUAACGGCAGCACUUCUGAGCCCACCACAGCUACAGGAAAUGUAACCACUCCCACCAUCGCUCCCAGCAACCACACUGACAUCCCCACCACUGUGGCUCCAACCAAUACUUCAACUGGAACCGUCACUCCCAAGCCCGUCGUCCCCACUGCCGCCCCGCACAAGAACACCUUCGACGCUGCGAGCUUCAUCGGAGGAAUAGUUCUGGUUCUGGGCCUGCAGGCUGUGAUCUUCUUCCUCUACAAGUUCUGCAAGUCCAAGGACCGCAACUACCACACCCUUUGAAGCAGCCGCACUUUUUAGAUCCACAUCACCUCGACUUGUAUCCACCAACUAGAACCCUCCAGAGAGGACUCCCCCCACUUGGCACGCACUCAUCGCGCCGGACUCAAACAGUGUUUUCAAGCAGGUUUUCUAGAUCUUUGAUGUUUGUGUCACUUGUGGUUAAGACCUUCAUUAGCCAUUAGCCUUGCUGUUGUAGUCAGUGUUAAGGCACACACACACACACACACACACACACACACACACACACACACACACACACACACACACACACACACACACACACACAGGCCCUGUAUAAUUCAACCAGUACAACAAAACUGAUCUCCAGUGAUACAGCAUUGAAGCCUUGAGGAUUACAUCAUCUGCUAGCUGCUCCCACCUCCAUAAUGCUGUUAGUCAUCCUGUGAAAACCAUUUUUCCAGCAAAUUGACGGCGUUCGUGUUAUUUACAGCCCCUCUCCUCGUGGCUUCCUCAAUUAAAUCCACCACAUGAGACUUGGAGAAUUAGUCAUCUACACAAAGUAGUUUUCCGGCUGAUUCUUGGGUGUAGCUCUGCUGCAAACUGGAAGCAUUACAUGAUUUCUUCUUAUUUUGGAAACACUGUUUGAGUUCACAGCUAUUCUUAAAAAACGUGACGAUGAUGAUUCAGUGUUGCUUUUUUCCUGUUGAAUCGUGGGCAGGUGCCCUUUUCCCCCAUGCAGCUGUAUCAUGUAUAUGUGUUCAUAGAUGAUGUAAAAGUGGUGGGGAAUAAAAGCAACACCCAAUCAUCUUAUGUCAGGCUUAAAAAAAAUAAAAAAUAAAAAUAGCGAUCCCUCUGGUUAAUAGGCUUAUUUUGGGUGACUCCCUUGGCAGUGCUGUUGGACUCCCUCGGGAAAUCUUUCAACCAAUUGUUGUAAAAAAGCGUUUAAAAAACCAACUGCCAGUAGAGCAGCUUAAUGCAAUAAAUCCCGUUUCAUUUCCCAUCCUUUAAUCUCCCAUUUCUGAUCUUUACCAACAUCAAAACUUAACCCACUCGGGCUGCUAACGUCGAGCUGGCCCUAAAAAAAUAAAGGUGGGUCAAAAUGAAAGAUUGUAGAAUAUUAAUAAUUCCUUUGUUUAAAUAAUGUAUAAUAUAGGGAAUGGGAGAGAUAAAGUAAAUGCCAUGCACCUUCUUGAUGUGGACAGUGAUAGCAGUGAAGUGCCUUUAAUGUCCAGUAUGACUUAAAGAGAGAAAAAGGAUGAGUCUUUUUCUUCCUGGUUGAGGCCCAAGUGUUAUCAUUAGUUUGUUUGUGAGAGAGGAACGGUAUCGCUGUGCUGAUAUUAGUGAGAACCGUCGUAUCCCAGCUGGACUGAAGAGCCUUUUAUUGUGAAGAAGAUAGCUGUCCCUCGAGGGCCUCGAUCAGUAAAGAUUGAAGUUUUUCCCUAUAAGUAGAGGACUGUAUUCAUUACAUGAAACCUAUGGUCUUCUCACCUGUGACUUUGUAUGAAUGAAAAAUUUAAAGGUCCCU